ACAAAGACCCUAAUUUUUCUUGCCAUGGCUGAGAUCUCUGCUACAAAUGGAAACCAUGAGGUAGUUUUGAAUGUAAAUGAUGAAAUAAAUAACCAUCUUCCUCCUCCACCGCCUCCCAAAAGAAAAGACCCCGAUAUCGGUCUAUCUGUAUCUUUCAUACAAAAGCUGAUGGCGGAGUUGUUCGGCUCAUACUUCUUGAUAUUUGCCGGUUGUGCAUCGGUUGUGGUGAAUGUGAACAACGAUAAAGUGGUUUCACUUCCUGGGAUUUCUAUAGUGUGGGGAUUGGCCGUGACGGUCUUGGUUUACUCCGUCGGUCACAUCUCCGGUGCUCAUUUCAACCCUGCCGUCACCAUUUCUUUUGCUACUUGCAGAAGAUUCCCUGUCAGACAGGUGCCUGCUUAUAUAUUGGCUCAAGUUACUGGAUCAACUUUGGCUGCUGGUACACUCCGGUUGUUGUUUAGUGGACCCCACGACGUGUUUGCCGGAACGUCGCCUCAAGGGUCCGAUUUGCAGGCGUUCGUGGUCGAAUUCAUUAUCACUUUUUAUCUCAUGUUCAUUAUCUCCGGCGUUGCAACUGAUAACAGAGCCAUUGGAGAACUUGCUGGACUUGCCGUUGGCGCUACUGUGCUGCUCAAUGUGAUGUUUGCAGGGCCAAUUACAGGAGCAUCGAUGAACCCGGCAAGGAGCUUGGGACCUGCAAUUGUGUCAAAUCACUACAAAGGGAUAUGGAUAUAUCUCACCGCACCGACACUCGGGGCGGUGUCGGGUGCCUGGGUUUAUAACAUGGUGAGGUACACUGACAAGCCAUUGAGGGAGAUAACCAAGAGUGCUUCCUUCCUCAAGAGUUCACGUAAUUCAGGUUAAAUUAUUUUCUGCAAAUCAAAACUAUAUAUUAUGACUGAUAGAAUUGGAGUCAUUGACCAUUGUUAGUAUUGCAAAUGAAAGAUGGCGAUUUUACAAGGCAUGUAC